GUCUCCCCUCGGCUAGUUAACACCCCUAAUUACACCCCUUUUCACCUGUUCUUCCUCUAUUGCAUCCCAAGACAACAAAAGAAGAAAACCAUCAAAAUUUGAGCAGCAGAAAACGCAGACGAAAUGUUGAGCAGGGUAUCUUACUCUCAUCAUCAUCAUCUACCCUCCUUCGCAUUCUCAUCAUCUUCCUCAUUUCCCUUUUCUGCGUUUAGACCUUCUUUCAAUUUACUCCCGAAAUUUUCACUCUCCACCUCAAAACACCCUCGAAAGUUUCAAAUUGAAAACAUCCGAUUCUUUACUUCUUCAACUUUCACCAGUAAAUUCAGUUUUUCUAGGCCUUUUGAUCGUAAUUCCUACAAACCCAGUUCGAGUAUUAGUGUUUCUUCAAUUUCUGGAAUUUUCAGUUCAUCCCCAACUAUGCUGGGUCGUCCUUCUUUCAAAGCAUUUACAACUGGAAGUAGCUCUGGAGGUGAUAGGGAAAUAUUGGUGCAGCACUUGCUUGUCAAAGAAAAUGACCUUAACCUUUUAGUGGAACUUCAAAAAAGGGUCGCAGGAGGAGAGGAUUUAAGUGAUCUUGCUGUGGAGUACUCUAUUUGCCCGUCAAAAGAAGAGGGCGGAGUGCUUGGUUGGGUCAGAAAAGGACAAAUGGUACCAGAAUUUGAAGAGGCUGCAUUUUCUGCACCAUUAAACAAAGUUGUAAGAUGUAAAACAAAGUUUGGAUGGCACUUGCUGCAAGUUGUAUCCGAGAGGGAAGGAUCGUUGCUUGGUGAAGUUCAACCAUGUGAGUUGCAUGAGAGAUUGCAAGAUCCCAACUUCACAGAAACAGUACAGCUGAUCGAUGUUCGAGAGCCAGAAGAAGUUUCCAAAGCAUCUUUACCAAGUUUUCAGGCUCUUCCUCUUCAACAAUUUGGAACCUGGGGACCCGAGAUUACAACCAAGUUUGAUCCUAACAAAGAUACUUAUGUUAUGUGUCAUCAUGGGAUGCGAUCACUGCAAGUUGCCAGAUGGUUGCAGUCACAGGGCUUCAAGAGAGUGUUCAAUGUAGCUGGAGGUAUUCAUUCUUACGCUGUGAAUGUCGAUCCUUCAAUUCCAACCUAUUAGGAAACUAUAAGAGGUAGCAGUAGCACAACCAAAGAAACCGCGAAUUUUGUUUUGGUCUUCCAUGUCCUUUUCCCCUUACCAUCAAGAGUUUCCAAAAUAUGCGCAUAGUUUGUUUAUUUGUGAACUCCUUACUUUGAUAGAAUUGUAAUGUCACUGAAUUUAAUCAUUUUUUUUUUUGAAUAAUUUGGAAAAUCUACAAGUAUAAAUAGUAAUUUCUUUUUUUUUUUUU